AUGCUGUCGAUGAUUACUAAGGCGCACGAGCUGUACGCCAAGGAUACGACCCCCAACGGCAGCAAGGUGGCAGAUUUUCGAGACGUCUCAAAAAUGUUCUUUCUACACGUGCCUUCUCUUGUCCCCACUCCCCUGCCUCCGGCAUCCCUUCUCCUCUUCUCAUCCCUCCGCCAGACCCCCAAUGGCAGCAAGACUCCCAAUGGCAGCAAGGUGGCAGAUUUUCUCCUCUCCCAGCUGCUGGAGCUCACCCAGUCGCCUGCUGGCUUCAUCUGCAGCGCCGUACGGAAGCCCGACGGCGCUGUUUCCCUCAAGGUGAACCCACUCCAUCACCAACUUUGCAUGGACCAGGGAGCUGCGCCUGUGGUACAUGGAGAACGCCGCCAAGGGAGUGGGCAGCUGAGUCUGAAGUCACUCUGCCUGCCUUUUCCAUCCUUUGCUUGCCUCUGCCCCGUAACGCCUCGCCUCUCAGACCCACUCCAUCACCAACUUCGCAUGGACGAGGGAGCUGCGCCUGUGGUGCACGGAGAAACGCCGCCAAGGGGAUGGGCACUCUUGAAUCAUCCCUGCCCUCCCUGUCCUUUGUUUGCCUCUUCCUCGCCUCCCCUUGCCAGACCCACUCUAUCACCAACUUUGCAUGGACGAGGGAGCUGCGCCUGUGGUGCACGGAGAAACGCCGCCAAGGGGAUGGGCACUCUUGAAUCAUCCCUGCCCUCCCUGUCCUUUGUUUGCCUCUUCCUCGCCUCCCCUUGCCAGACCCACUCUAUCACCAACUUUGCAUGGACGAGGGAGCUGCGCCUGUGGUACACGGAGAAUGCCGCCAAGGGGCUCGUCUUCAGCAACCUCAACACGCUCUUCGGCCAUGUCAGUGCCUCUCCCCGCCCUCCCUUUUCCCCUCUCCCCGCCCUCCCUUUUCCCCUCUCCCCGCCCUCCCUUUUCCCCUCUCCCCGCCCUCCCUUUUCCCCUCUCCCCGCCCUCCCUUUUCCCCUCUCCCCGCCCUCCCUUUUCCCCUUUCCCCGCCCUCCCUUUUCCCCUUUCCCCGCCCUCCCUUUUCCCCUCUCCCCGCCCUCCCUUUUCCCCUUUCCCUGCCCUCCCUUUUCCCCUUUCCCCGCCCUCCCUUUUCCCCUUUCCCCGCCCUCCCUUUUCCCCUUUCCCCGCCCUCCCUUUUCCCCUCUCCCCGCCCUCCCUUUUCCCCUUUCCCCGCCCUCCCUUUUCCCCUCUCCCCGCCCUCCCUUUUCCCCUUUCCCCGCCCUCCCUUUUCCCCUUUCCCCGCCCUCCCUUUUCCCCUUUCCCCGCCCUCCCUUUUCCCCUUUCCCCGCCCUCCCUUUUCCCCUUUCCCCGCCCUCCCUUUUCCCCUUUCCCCGCCCUACCUUUUCCCCUUUUCCCGCCCUCCCUUUUCCCCUUUUCCCGCCCUACCUUUUCCCCUUUCCCCGCCCUCCCUUUUCCCCUUUUCCCGCCCUCCCUUUUCCCCUUUCCUCGCCCUCCCCUGUCCUUGUCUACUCGCCGCCAAGGGGCUCGUCUACAGCAACCUCAGCACUCUCUUCGGCCACACCACUCCAUUCUGUGUUUUCCCCACCCCUUUCCCCCGCACGCACCCCUGUCUCUCUCCCACCCACCCCUCCUCCUCCCGACCCCUCUCCGCCAUCGCUCUCCUUCACCCCCUCCUCCCAUCCCUCUCACCAGAUUGUGAAGACCAGCGAUGUGGUUCUCAGCAACAACGCUCCGGACGACCCUCGCUCUGCUGGCCUGCCCCCCGGCCACCCCCCCAUCCACAACUUCCUAGGCGUCCCGCUAUUCCAUGGUUCCGAGCUGAUAGGGGCGUGGGCAGUGAGCAACAGGAAGGGAGGGUAUGAGGAAUCCAUGCUGGCGGAGAUGCAGCCUGUGACUAAAACGGUGGCCCAGAUAGUGGCGGGCAUUCAGGGCAGGAAGAAAGCAGCCGAGAAGGAGAAACUCAUGGCGUCCAUGCUCAAGAGCACCAUAGACGCCAUCAUUGCUCUCGACGACGGCGGCUCCAUCACGGCAAUGAACCGGGCGGCGCGGACACUGUUUGGAUUCACCGAAUCUGGCACCGGCAGCAGCGGGGAUGACGUGGACGCGUCCACUCUCCCCGACACCCUCCACAUCACGGAUCUUCUGGAGUCUGUGGAUGGGUCAGAAGACUUUAUAGAGACCGGCCUCGACACGUUUAUAGGAGACGACCGCCCGGUGUCAGCCGUCGGGCGGCAGAUCGUGGGCGGCAAGGUCUUUUUGGAUCUAUCUGUGGCGUCAGGCGCUACUGCUGACGUGGCAUACGUGCUGACAGCGCGGGAGCUUCAGGCAGGCGGUGGGAACAUGCAUGUGCCUGGCACACCUGGUUCGGCUUACAGUGGGGGAGGGGGGAGUAUGAGUGGGGAGAUGGCAGAAAUGGGGGGCAUGGGAAGAAUGGGGGGCAUGGGGGGGAUGGGGGGCAUGGGAGGAAUGGGGGCAAUGGGGGGAAUGGGAGGAAUGGGAGGAAUGGGGGGAAUGGGGGCCAUGGGCAUGGGUAGGGGUAUGCAUGGGGGCAUGAGUGGGGGCAUGGGUGGGGGUAUGGGCGGGGGCAUGGGUGGGGGUAUGGGCGGGGGCAUGGGUGGGGGUAUGGGGGCUUAUGAUUCGAUGGGGCAUGGUCGGGGCGGGAUGGGUGCGAUGAGGCCUGGGGCUGGUGGUGGUGCUGGUGGGGUGGGUGCUGGGGCAUCUGCUGGUUCGGAAUUCGGUGGUAUGGGCGGUGCUGGUGGUGGUGGCAUCAAGUUGGCAGGUCUUGAUAUCAAGCCGUAUCAGCAGAAGCAGCAGUCCGGUACUAGUAGUUGCGAAAGUUAUGCGCAGAAGGAUGAGUACAACACGUAUGUGUAUGAUGGAAAUGGUAUUUAA